ACAUCAUCAGCAUGCGCCAGCUGCGCAAGCCGUGCCAUUCCAACCAGCGUGUGUUUUCCAUCGCUCCUUACAUUGAAACAACUGGCAGAGCUUCUACGGCCGCCACUGUUACAACAACACUUUAAUUUUUCUCUCAACAUUUUUCGAGAUAUAUCCAGCUAUGGAUAUGGACAGUGCCAGUUCAGUGGUGCUGCAGGCCUUAACCCAAGCUACCAGCCAGGACACAGCUGUGCUGAAGCCUGCAGAGGAGCAGCUUCGGCAGUGGGAGACGCAGCCAGGCUUCUAUUCAGUCCUUCUGAAUAUUUUUAAUAAUCACACGCUGGAUGUGAACGUGAGAUGGCUUGCUGUUCUUUACUUCAAAAAUGGCAUUGACAGAUACUGGAGAAGAGUGGCCCCUCAUGCAUUAUCAGAAGAGGAGAAGACCUCUUUGCGUGCUGGUCUUAUCACAAACUUCAACGAGCCCAUCAAUCAGAUAGCAACCCAGAUCGCAGUACUGAUAGCCAAGGUGGCCCGGCUUGAUUGCCCGAGGCAAUGGCCGGAGCUCAUUCCAAUUCUGCUCGAAUCCGUGAAGGGUCACGAUGGGCUGCUGCAGCACAGAGCACUACUAACCUUCUAUCAUGUCACCAAAACACUGGCAUCCAAACGUCUGGCGCAGGACAGGCGUCUUUUUCAGGAUCUGGCGUCGGGCAUCUAUAGCUUUGCGUGUUCCUUGUGGAGUCAUCACACCGACUGCUUCCUGCAGCAAGUAUGUGCCAGAGAUGAGGCUGCAGCGCUCAACUCCUUGGAGAGGACUCUGCUCUCUCUUAAAGUGCUUCGCAAAUUGACAGUCCAUGGAUUUCAAGAUCCCCAACAGAAUAUGGAAGUAAUGGGUUUCCUGAAUGCAGUGUUUGAAAGGCUGAAACAGUUCUUGGAAUGCUGUCGGCAGGUUGGUUCAGAGAGCCCAUGCAGAGAAAAGCUGGAAAAGACGAUAAUACUGUACACUAAAGUUUUGUUAGAUUUCCUGGAGUGCCAUCCGUGUGCGUUCAUUCCCCUAAUACAGCGGUCCCUGGAGUUUGCCGUUACCUACGUGUUCACACCUGCCGGAAAGGGAGUGACCUUUGAGCGUUUCAUUGUUCAGUGCAUGAACCUCAUCAAGAUGAUUGUAAAGAACGAUACAUACAAACCUAGCAAGAACAGCGACGAGAGUAAAGCAGAAAGUCUAGAGGCUCACAAAAUCAAGACAGCCUUCUUCACUCACCCCACGCUGACAGAGAUCGGGCGCCGGCUCGUCUCACACUACUUUCUCCUCACAGAAGAAGAACUGACGAUGUGGGAGGAGGACCCUGAGAGCUUCGCUGUUGAAGAAACAGGUGGUGACUCUUGGAAGUACAGUCUACGGCCGUGUACAGAGGUCUUGUUCCUGGACAUCUUCCACAACUACAGCCAGACCUUGACACCAGUACUCCUGGACAUGGUUCAGAAUCUGCAGGGCCCAACCAAUGCGGAGGACCCUGUUCAGUUGCUAAUGAAAGAUGCAGUUUAUAAUGCAGUGGGGCUGGCAGCGUAUGAACUGUUUGACAAUGUGGACUUUGACCAGUGGUUCAAGAAUCAGCUUCUUGGAGAGCUGCAAGUCAGCCAUCAUAGGUACAAGCUGAUACGAAGACGAGUCAUCUGGCUAAUAGGACAGUGGAUCCCCGUCAAAUUCAAAUCCGAUCUUCGGCCUUUGCUCUACGAGGUGAUCUUGACCCUCAUGCAGGAUCCCGACCUGGUGGUGCGGAUUGAAACGGCUACAACACUAAAGCUGACUGUUGAUGACUUUGAGUUCCGGACAGAACAAUUUCUCCCUUACCUGGAGUCCAUCUUUGGGCUGCUCUUCCAGCUGUUGCAGCAAGUGACAGAAUGUGACACUAAGAUGCAGGUUCUCCAUGUCAUUUCCUGCGUCGUAGAGAGAGUAAACACCCAGAUCCGACCAUACGUAGGCUGUUUGGUUCAGUACCUGCCCCUGCUCUGGAAACAGUCUGAGGAACACAACAUGCUUCGAUGUGCCAUACUCACUACGCUUAUCCACCUGGUGCAGGGCCUUGGGGCAGAGAGUAAGAACCUUUACCCUUUCCUUCUUCCUGUCAUCCAGCUGAGCACCGACGUUUCUCAGCCACCACACGUCUAUUUGCUAGAAGACGGACUGGAGCUUUGGUUGGUGACGUUGGAGAACAGCCCAGCCAUCACCCCGGAGCUGCUCAGAAUCUUCCAGAACAUGUCAGCUUUGCUGGAGAUGAGCUCCGAGAAUCUCCGUACCUGUUUUCAGAUUAUUAAUGCCUACCUGUACUUGUCUGCCAUUGAGUUCCUGCAGAAUUAUGGAGAAUCCUUGUGCAGAUCCUUUUGUGAUCUUCUAAAGGACAUUACAAAUGAGGGACAAGUCCAAGUACUCAAGGUGGUUGAAAUAGCUUUAAAGGUUAGCCCCAUACUGGGAGCCCACAUGUUCCAGCCCCUGCUGCCAGCUGUCUUUAGAGGUGUCGUGGACGGGGAGCGUUAUCCUGUGGUGAUGUCCACCUACCUUGGCAUCAUGGGUCGUGUGCUGCUCCAGAACUUUAGCUUCUUCUCCUCUUUGCUCUCACAAAUGGCCUCUGAAUGCAACCAGGAGAUGGACCAGUUGUUGGGGAGUGUGAUCGAGAUGUGGGUGGACCGCAUGGACAACAUCACUCAACCUGAGAGGAGGAAAUUGUCAUCUUUGGCUCUGCUCUCUCUUCUUCCAUCUGACAACAAUGUGAUCCAAGACAAAUUCUGUGGCAUCAUCAACAUUUCUGUGGAAGCAUUGCAUGAUGUGAUGACAGAGGACCCGGAAACUGGGACCUUCAAAGACUGCAUGCUGAUGAUCCAUUUUGAAGAGCCCAAGCUAAGUGACGAAGAGGAGCCUCCAACCGAGCAGGAUAAGAGGAAGAAGCUUUUGGCCCUAGAGGACCCGGUCCACAGCGUGUCUCUCCAGCAGUUUGUCUAUGAAAAACUGAAGGCACAGCAAGCCCUGAUGGGGGACCAGAGCUUCGGGGUCCUGAUGGAGACUGUGGAUACGGAGCUCGUCAGGCAGCUCCAGGAAUUUCUGCAAGCCCUCUGAAUAUAGCAUAUAGUCCUUCACUUCAUUUCACCAGUGCUAUGCUCCACCAUUUAAAAAAAAAAAAAAAAAGAAAAAGCAUACUAAAAAAAGGCUAAAGAUCUACCUGACAUGUGAACUCCCGAUUCAGACCUUCCCAACUUCUACCCAGGCUUACCUUUAUUCAGUCCUAGCCUUGUCAACCACUUUGUUUCUUUCGAUGUUAUUCGUGGGUGCCUACAUAUGCUUAAAGACGUUUAAAGCACCCACAUGUAGACAUCACUACACCAGAGCUUCCAUUUAAUUCUUCUAGUUUCUUAACUUUGGAACAGUUUGACUUGAGAUUGGUUAAAAGUUAUGAUUGAUGUUAAUAUUGGAGUUGUUGAGUAAAAAUACAAAGCUCAGCUGCAGGAACCAGGGAAGAAGCCUCGGACUGUUUUUCAUUGGGGGGAAAAACAUAGAGAUUGUAGCAGAAAUGUGUGAAAAAAAACAAAAACCUGAAGGACGUAAAACAGUGUUUACAGAAUAUAUUCUUAAAAGACAAAAAAGAAGUGUAAUUUUGUAUGUAAAGUAUGAAUGAUAACUUGCAUGAUGUUUUUGUAUUUUUUAUUUUGACAUAGGUCAGCUUGAAGUUACUACUGAGCGAUUGUUUUACUUUUACUUUUUUGUUGAUGCAAAAGUUUUGAAGUCAUUCUGUUGAUUCAUAAAUGAGCUGAACCACAUUUAUAUGUACAUACUUCCUGCUGCUAAUAGAUGGUGUGUCAGAGCACUUUAAUAACCAAAAACUGUUUUACAUUUCUUUUUUUUUCCAUCUUCAACAUAAUCUUUGGGGGUCUCAGAGGAAAAACAUAAAUUAAAGAAAUACAUUUUGAUUUUCUACAUCUUAGUGCAACUUAGCACAAGAUACAUUCUUCAUGGAAAUCUCAGAAGCUCUUAAGUCAUGUUUUCCAUUUCAUUUGAUUUGUCCAAUAAAUUCGCUUUUUAAUUGUUUGCUAAUAACAGAAAAAUGUCCUUCUGGUCCUGCUGCCAUGAUAUUUUUUAGAGCUGUCUUAAUUAGAAAUGAAGCUUUGAUAAAUGUGAUCUGAAAGGAGAACAGUUUGCUUUUGUUUGAGAUUUUCUCAGUCUAAUUACGUAAGAGGUUUACACAAUAGGUGAUAAACAUUUAUAAAUUACUUGACAGAUUUGAGUACCUUGUUCAGUUUAAAUUGAGGCAGUUUCAAUGUGAAUUAAAGUUAAAGCUCAGACAAAUAACUUUGUUGUAAAUUAGAAGUCAUAAAAGAGAAAAACUCCAGUGUGAAAAACAUGUGAACUUUGGCUCUGAUUUAGUAUUGAUUCUUUUGGGAUGAAUGGAGCAAAGAAGUACCCUGAUUACAUUCAAUUAGUAAACCUCAAAGGGAAGAUGAUGAUCCUGACUGUAUCUUCUUUGACAUUGUGUCCGAGUUACAGCCUUAUGCAUACAGCCUGAUCUGUUCUUGGAACCUGAAAGCCCCCUUUUUUACUUGUCUGUUCAGUUCUUAACUAGUUUAGCAGUAGAGAAUUUCUUCACCUUUUUUUUACCAUUUUAUUUUAGUACUAAAUAGGUUUUGAACAUUACAUACACAGUUGAGGGUACAUUUGGUUUUGUUUUGCCAGAAAUAAUCCAUAUUUUUCCUUUCUUAAGCCUUCAAUAAAAUGUAAGUAAUCUGCCAAAGCAGCUAUCAA